CACCGCUUGUGACAGCUUCGAAAAAUUCCUGCUACUUUUUUAUUUUAUUUUAUUUUUUUCUAUGAAGCAUCCGCUGUGAAGGCGGUAUGUCAGUAAUUUUUCGGCGGAGCGAAAGUUUUGGCGGUGGGAGUCCGCUAGAUUUUGCUCAUGCCAUCUUUCUUGUGCAUGUAAUGCAGCGUUAGACGAGUUGUGUUGUUUCACAGAAAGUGUGUGACAGACUGCUGUGGCAUGAAUUCUUCUGCAAGGGACUUUUGUGAGCCCUAACCCUAACAAAAAGGAAAGUUCGCCGGGGACAACUAACCAGUGGAAUCAGUCGUCGUAGGAUGCUACGCAUUACGCUUACGGUGCAUUCGUGUUGUGAUAACGAUUUUGACGUUUGCCGGUAUACGUUCAACUGCGUACAAAUCAAAGGAUGAUAGGAGCAAGGUGGAGAUGUCCACACCCCGCGAGUGUGAAGCGCCCGCUCUGACAUCGCUAAAGGGCCCAUGACGAGAGUUCGCACUGGCCAUGGCUGAGCAUAGCGAACUCAUAACGGAGAUGGUGGUGGUGGAGAAGAUGAGCACCCAGGAGCGGCUCAAGCACGCCAAAAAGCGCCGGCAGCAGCAGCUCAAGAAGUGGUCUCAACAUGAGCGGGACCUGCAGAAGGGAAAGCUCAAGUCUUCUAACCAAGGCAAGGCUCAGGGCAAAGGGCGGCCAGAUUACAAGGUCCAUUUCGUGCCAAGUGUCAUGCUGCUCGAAGCGGCUGCCAGGAACGAUGUCGACGAAGUGCGCCGUCUUCUUAUGCUAGGUGUAAGCCCAGAUUCAACAAAUGAGGAUGGCCUUACUGCGCUGCAUCAGUGCUGUAUCGACGACAGUGAAGAAAUGAUGAAACUACUCAUUGACUAUGGGGCCAAUGUGAAUGCCAAAGACAGCGAACAAUGGACUCCACUCCACGCUGCUGCUACUUGUGGUCACAUACACUUGGUUCGAUACCUCAUCUCAAAGGGUGCCGAUUUGCUAGCCGUAAAUGCGGAUGGAAACAUGCCAUAUGACAUAUGUGAGGAUGAGCCCACACUGGACUACAUAGAGUCUGAAAUGGCAAAGCGAGGCAUCACUCAAGAAAUGAUCGAUGAAACAAGAGCAGCAAAUGAGGUGAUGAUGCUCAAAGAUCUUAGGAUUGCCAUGGAAUCUGGCCUUGAACUAGAGUUCCGAGAUGAACAAGGGGCAACUCCUCUACACAUCGCAUCUGCAAAUGGUUACGUAUCUGUCGUUGAGUUCCUACUAGACCAGCAUGCCUCUACAGACGUUGUUGACAAUGACCAGUGGCAACCUAUUCAUGCAGCUGCUUGUUGGGGGCAUCCGGAUGUUCUCGAAAUGCUGGUUCAAGCAGGUGCAGAUCUGAAUGCUCGAACAAAGAACGGCGAAACGCCAUACGAUAUCUGCGAGGAUCCAGACCUGAAGGAGAGAAUCAUGCAGCUCCGGAGUGAAAUGGAGACAAAGAGGGCAAUGCAACCGCAGAAGUUGCGCAGGACGCAAAGUCAAAACACUCGCAGCCAAUCAGUGCGGAGAACAAGCAUACGAGAGAAAGUGAUGAUUUCGAGGAGGGAAGCACGCGAGGAAGCUCGUAUGUGGCAGGAGCAGACUCACGGAAAGGAGGAGCACGAGGCCAAGCUGCAAAGAGACAUUCACGACAGUGAGAAGUCACAAAUGGAUGGUACGCCUGUUGACGACUCUGCCAGCUCAAUUGCGAGCAGCGACCCCGUGCUGCUACUUCCACCUGCAGCCAUGGACGCACCUGUUGUCCAAGUUUCCCCAAGCCACCGUACUUACGGCAAUGGCGACUCAUUGACAGCCUCGCUUCCCGCCAUUCCACUCCCACCCCCUUCCUACGCGGAGGUAUCCCCUCUUCCUCCACGUAGCCAGGGAGAAGCAGUCAAAGUGGAAAUUCAUGUAACCGUCAACACCACCAACCCUCAGCAGUCGACUGUGGGCUUUUCACCGCAGAACGGCACACUGUCAGACCUGAAAAAGCACCGGGCCGACAAGAGGAACAGCCGCAGCUCCCUGACACUAUCAACAACCCAGCAACAAGACCUAUUGGGCAAGAUGGCAUCUGCUGCAGUGGGACAAAAUGGGCACCACUUCAGUGCCACUCUGAGGAGAACAACUUAUGAUGAAGAGAUGGCCAUGUUGCCACCUCCGUCCCCGACGACGUCUCUCAGACGAUUCAGGAGCGAUCCGUCAGAGAUAGUUGGUGAAGCCCAGAAGAAGGGCUGCUGUUCACUCAUGUAACGGUGUUUUGUUCUGUGUCUGCAUGUGUGCAGUAACGCAUAGUUGGUGUGGAUGUAUGCUUGUAUGCAUGGUCGUAUGCUUCAGUGUGUUAUGUGCUGUUCUUUUUUUUUUUUUUUUAACGUAGGGACUCUAUGAGUUUGAAGUAAAAAUGAACAGUCGAAUAUGAAUGACAAGAACUGUAGUGUCUGCUAUUGUGCUUGCUACAGUGGACUGAUUCUUGAAAUGAGCAGCUAUCAAGAGGGGAUAGGAGUACCCCACAUGACGGGUGAUCUUGACGUAGUUAACACACAAGAUAUGUUGCUGAUAAAAGAGAAGCCUUAAUUCUGCAUGUUGAGCUGUGAAUUUGUGUAGACUUUGGUAUGGCUUAUUUGCAACUUGCACAGCUGUGAUCACUGAAAAUCUUAUGGUUCAUACGAUUAGUAAUACUACAUAUGUAACAUUAAAACACAGCAUGACAAGGGUUCUGACUUACAAGCAGGUUUUUGUAGCCGUAAUUAGAGAGACACCAAUUGCUUACCUUGUAAAAUGUGACCAUAUUUGCAGGGAGUGUUGUGCAGAGUAGUUACCGGUGCUGGAGGUGCACAGUCUGGUGUGUCAUGCAUAAUGUUCAAACAACUAGCAAUUCAUUGACGUCAAGAAACUUGUGCUAUUUAGUUCUGAAUAAUAUAACAGUCUUCGUUGUCUGAAUUGAUUAACUUUGCCAAUAACAAAUCCUGAUGCACUGUAUGUAGUCAGCAAAGUGAAGAUUGCAUUGCCUGCCAAAAUGUGGUCACUUUCAAACAUAAUUACACAUUGCAUGAGCUUAGGAUGAUGAUAUUACUUCAUUUGAGAAUUUUAUUUUAUGACAUUUUCAAAAUGAAAUAAUUUAUGAAAACGAUUCUUUCAUAUGUAUGUGCUACCAAAUAACAAAAUGUAGACUACCUGUAAACUGAUGCAUUUUGUUUUCAUCACAAUUCAAAUGACCAUUGUUGGCCAUCAACCUUGCAUGCUAUCACUCGAAUUUACCUACCACCAGCAGCCACAAUAACUUAUCACUCGUAUAGGGGCAGAUUAUACAAAACUGCAAAAGUAAUAUAAGAGACAUGUAUUAAUAUAGGCAGGUUGUCACAUCAAUGACUGUGUUCAUACAUUGCCUUUUUAGGUGUUUUUCGUUGUGCAGGGUGCUCUGGCAGCUCAUUGACAGGAACCAGAAACUUGUUAGCAUUUAUUAUCGGAGAUCUCCUGCACACAAUGGUGAGGGAAGUUCGAAAAGUUGCCAGCAAAAAUUAUGAAUGUGGUGUCUUUUUUUUUUUUUUUUCACACAUGCUGCAUUGCAUGAGAAUUGGCCUUUAGAUGGAUGGCUACAUAGUAUGUACAGUGAAGUUUUUUCAAGUCUAGACUCCAUGGCAUUCGACUCCCAUUUCAUGCCAUUCAAGCUUCUGAUGUGUAUAUGUAGCAAAAGGUCCUUUGUUUCUGGGUUUCAUAUUUUUCAGUAUGGGAUGUAUGAAUUGGGAUGUAUUUUGGAAGUCGAUACGUGUAGUUGGUGAGGAACUGGGUUUUGCUGGGAAAUGUUCAGGACUUCAGUCUUCCUUAAUGUUUUUUUUUUUUUUUGGUAAACCAAUAAAAUUAAUAACAAGGAGCAUUGAUCAGUGUCUGGGCAUAGGAUGGUCUAUUUACAUAAAUGAAAGGCAUCAUAAGGCGGGUAACAACUUGUCAGUUCUUAAGCUGACAAGUUGUUGUCUACAUAUUGAGAUUCCCUCCAUCAUAUCAAUCCUAUACACGUUGGGUAUCAGCAUCGCAGCUUCCAUUCGUAGCGCACAGCAACAUCAUUGCAGGAUCAGCCAGUCUGGUGUAGCCAUGCCAAUAGAUCAUAUCAAUACCUAGGGCCCUGUGAUUUAAGGUCAAACCUGUUUUUACCCCCAAUUUGCAUCAUCCGUCACUUAGGGUAAAACCCCAAAAAACCCGAAAACUAACUAGGCAAAGUGCAAAUUCAGCCGCCAAUACCGGCACUACAGGACGCUAUGUUCCACUUCUCAUGUUCAUGUAAAACGCAUGAAGCACAGCUUUCUUUUUUAAAUUUUUAUUUUCACCCAAAAAUCUGCUUUUCCACCCGAUUUUACCGUUUUAUGGUCCCUGAAAUAACACCUGAUAUUUAACCCUCCCCCAAUUUUCAAAAAACAUAAAACCCAAAGACAUAGGGCCCUAUCAAUACCUGUGUUCUGGGGCCUAGCCUCCAAAAAGGUGCUAUUUAGAGUGAUUUCCAAGUGAAUGUGUGUCUACAGGUACGUAAGUUGGAAGAUGUCUGUAAGCCUCAUAAAACUGAUUUAGGAGACACCUCUGACAUUGAUACAGGGCUUGCUUCUAAUCUGGAAAAGUUCAGCUGAGUUUCACCAUGGGGGAGGGUGGUUUCCAGGGACACAUUUGACUAAGCUUUACUUGUAUUUUAAAGACUGUGUUUGGGGUAAGAAUAUUGGCGACUAUUGUGUUUUGCCCAAGGAUGGACCCUAUGUGCAGAAGAACGCUGGUGCUACCGUCAAUGUGAUGCUUUUGGCAAUGAAUAAGUACUGCAGUCGACCGAUAUGACUAUUCAGAAAUGGGUCACAGUUUUAGUGCAAAUGUGUGGUGCAAAAUUGUUUUGUGCAACAAUAGUUAAGCGAAGAUAACAAAUUAUGAGUGGCAGCUUAUCCAAUACUAACGCAAGCUCAAGGGCUAAUUGGAAGUUUUGAUGUACAGUUUAAGCUCUUGCUUGCCAAAUCAGCCUUAUAAAUGAGUACCAUGUGUGUUUAAAUGUUUAUUGUGACUCUUCUGCACCCGGGUAUUUUUUGUUUCGCAACCUAGACUUCUAGCUUCUGCAUACGUAUGCAGCAUGUGCAGGCAUGACACCUUGUGAAGUCAACAAAGUUCGGCACCCGAUUGUGCACCUAGCAAAAAGUAUUUGAGGCAACUGAACGUGAAAAAUCCUAUCGAACCUUGUUUACACACUAUGAGCUUUUUUAAUGGUGGAAAACAGAAUUCUGCAGUGGUUUUCUUUCUGCUGUGCUGCGUGGUGAUGGCGUGUAUUUGUACAGCUUGGGACAAAAGUUUAUGGAACAUGGCACUGUCAUAUUUCUUCAUCAGAGCAGCCCCCUGCUAGAUAUCAGGAAGAUAUAAAAUAAGAAACGUGCGACCAGCUAUUUUAUCCAUGUCAGUAUGUACGUCUGCUCCCGUUUGCUGCUACGGUGCCGCUCCAAUGAAGGAAUGCGACAAUCUGAGGCUCUGUAAACUUUUGUCCCAAUCUGCACACCUAUGUGGAUGCAUUCACUUCUGUAUGCAUAGAAUUUGAGACCUAUUUGACCACAAAAGUGGCCAGUGCUAAAUUAUAACCUCUUUGUUAAGUGAGAGUUUGUGUACAAGCACAGUCGUACAAAACUGUACUUGGUUUGCCUGUUAGCAAACCUUAUACAGUGCAAUCCCAUUAAUUCGAACUGGAAGGGACCAAAGAUUUGUUCGAAUAAAGCAGAGGUCAAACUAAAGGGAGUCUCUAUGAAUGGUGGGCCUGAUGCGCUGACUGCGCAUAUGCGCAGUCAGCUAGCUCCAUCGGGACUCGUCAUGGCCUGCUUGCCUUGCCGAAUACUGAAAAUCUAAGAUAGUCAUUCGUAUUCUAAAAUAUUUAUUUACAGGCAAGUAUCAGAACCUCUCAGGGCAGCUAAUACGAUAUACGUGCUUGCGUUCGCUUCUUCAGCCAUGACUCUAUCAACAUCCUUUGUGAUGUUGAACCCAACUAAUUCAUGAAUCCUGUGAAUGCAGAUAUCACCAAUCCAUUUUGAAAAAAUGCUGGCCUUCAUCCACACCUUUUGUUGACUGUGUAGUCAACAGAAAGCGUCCUGAUCAUUGUAAAAAAAGUGGGGCAUACUUGCUUUGCCGACCACAAGAAAACAGCAUUAGCUGUGCCAGUUGCAUUUGUGCACACCAUUACGGUGAUUCGUUCCUUGCUCCUCUUUCCUCUGGCAUAAGUAUAUUUAUAAGUAAUGGUCUUAUAAGUAACGAGUAAACUUAACACUGAACAAGUGCCAGCAGCACGUUGGCCGCUGGACAAUCUCGUUCAACUAAACCGUAGCACACGUUAAUAUGUUCGAAUUACCGGGUGUUUUCCCCCACUAAAAUACACCACUUUUACAGGAUCCAAACAUCAGCUCGAAUCAAGAGAUUUCGGAUUAACGGAAUUGCACUUGUAACUGUGCACUCAUAAUACAACUUUCCUUCGCACUUGCGCUUUUAUCCUAUGCCUCAAAAUUUGGUGUGGUUGUGCAGUACAUGACUGUGUAAAUAGCAUUACUGUACUUUGCUUUCAUGUUAUCAAUCUAGUGAGACACAAGUAGCAGUAGUAGUAAUUAGCCCUUAGUUCCCUGCUAUUGUAUUAUUUUGUGUGGCUUUUUCUUUUCUGGUAGUGGCUGGGUGCUGCAUAUUGAAUAUCUUCUUGCUUAAUCCCAACAACACCAUGCAAACAGCAAUGAAAAGGAUUGUCUUUCUACCGUAGCCAUGGGAUGCUUUCACGUGCUAGAAUGUGGAAAUAUGUAUGACCUUAUUUUGUUUACAAUGGGUGCGUUAAGUGGCUGCUCCUGAGCACGAGUGUUUGGCCCUCCUACCGUUAAGUGGUUACGCUCGUACUCCGAGUUUCGUACGCGAGCACACUCUUCAUGCCCCAGCUUUUGGAGGGCGCAUGAAGAAGGGGUAUCUAGCCCAGUCACGUGACCUCUUCCCUCCUCUCCACCCACAAAAGCGAAGAAAGAGAACGCCGGUUGUCGGGCGGCAGCAGAGUAGAGAGGGUAGAACAAAGAGAAAGGGAGAGACGGCAGCACAGCAAGUGUCAAAGUGCUGUUUAAUAGCUGCUCCAGGAGCAUGAAACUUGGAGCGCCCGAGAGAGCAGCUACUUAACGUGCCCAAUGGCCAGUCAAAGGACUCUGACGAGAGACGCAAUGAACACUGCCUGUCGCACAAUGACAGCUGAUGUGGCUUUACUGUUUGACAUCAUGUGUAGAAUAUGUGCAGUACUAUAUACUCGUAUACACAUAUAUCUGUAUGCACAGUUAUCUGUAACACACCAGGCAGGUGCUGCAUAUCUAUUGAGACAUGAUACGUACUGUUCUAGAGACUUGUUGCACAAUUUUCUAUGAGCAUUGCUUCAUUGCAAUUGUGUAUAGGUAUUCUUGUUACACAUCACGAUUGAAUGUUACUGUGGGUGGGUGUUGACAUUUGGGGGAUAAUCUAUUUUUUGUGUACUUUUUAGUUGUUAUACACACGCCAGCUUUUUGUCAAUACAUUCCAUGUUUGUUCAUGUACUCAGGGCUUUUCUAGUGGGGCUUUCAGACAAAGACACUGAAAUAGCAAAGUUAGCCUUUGUAGUGUGUACUGCUGGUACGAUAAAGGCAAGCGCGUGCUGAACUGCAAGAACCAUUAGUUUUGGAGGUGUUUCUUCUGACUGGAAUGAGCACUGGAUCAAAAACUGUGAUAUUGCUGAGAGGAGGUUACCUGAGAAGCAAAAUACCUCUAGAUUCAGUACCGGUUACAUGUUGAACUAAACUCGUAACACACAGAAACCAUUAGUUUCUAGAGUUGUACCCUUAAAACAAAUGUGUACAUUAGUAGAACCUAAAGCUUUCUGGGCUCUCCAGCUUUGGGAGUGCAUGAGCAUGUGUGACAUGCAUGUACUCGCAAUGAUGUAUAUUUUGACUGUAGCUUUGUGGUGCAAUGAAAUUUUGCAGCGUGCAGUGUAUUUUUUUGUGAACUGUUGGUGAGAAAAAAAAAUUACCAAAUCUAAGGCAAUGUAUGAUUUGCAAUCCAACCUAAGCAAUACCUAUGUAGUAGAUUUUCACUCACCACAGAAAGCUAUAGUGAGGGAGAUACAAAUGUACUCAUCCUUGAUUGAGCCUUGCUCAUUCUCCACACUGUCUGAUAUAAAAACUUCACUCUUUCCAUAGUUUGUGCCAAACCCCUGUUUCUGAGGAGAGGACAGUCGUAUCUGUGGAACUGAAGUGAAGUGCAUUAUCCUACAUGCAGAUUCAAUCAAGCAUGUCAUUAAAAGAGAGAUGGUACUUGUAAGUUAACGACAAAAAUUAAGCGUUCAUAAUGUGUGCAACUGCUUUAGAGCUGGCUAUGAUUCCAAAUGUGCAAACACUCACUUGACACUGAAAGGUGGCCUAAUAUUCAUCAUUAAAGCUACAUAUUGACUGAUGAGUAUUUUUGUAAGUAGUUGACUGACUUCAGCGUGUAAUACCCAUGGCUGUACAUGACUAAUAAACAGCAAGUAUCUCGUA